AUGGCCAACUCCCUCCAAGACCUCCUCUCCAACCUCGAAGAUGAAAUCCAAGACCCCGACGAAGAGACAUUCCUGCUCUACGCCAACACAACCCCCCUCGAAGGCCUGGGCUUCAUCGACUCCCGCGCGACAACACUCGACCUCCAACUCAACGGCAAAGAUGUAACCAUCCAUCAGUCCCCCGGAGUCCUCGCCUCGAGUCGAAAAGGCGGCACCACAGGCGCAGUCCUCUGGAAAAUCACCCCCCUCUUCGCAGAAUGGCUCUCCUCCCCCAACAACCCACUCACCCCUUUCUUCACAAAAUCAGCAUCAUCCAUCGUCGAACUCGGCUGCGGCAUCUCCCCCCUCAACGCCCUCUCCCUCUCCCGCAGAGGAGUAGUCUCCCGGUAUAUCCUCACGGACCAGCCCUACGUGCAGAAGCUCGUCCUCCAGAACCUCGCCGCGAAUCUCAACAGCAGCGGCAGAGCCAAGAAAAGCAGCACCACAACGCCCAAAUCCCCCUCUCCCCCAUCAUCAGUAUCCCCCCUGAAUUCCACAAUGGCGGACAUCCACUUCCAGGUCCUCGACUGGGAAACCUCCCAAGUAACCCCCGCCCUCACACACUCUCCCUCGACAUCCUCCUUUGACGCACUCAUCUCCUGCGACUGCGUCUUCAACUACGCCCUCAUACCGCCCUUUGUGCAGACCUGCGUCGACAUUUGCAACCUACGAAACCAACAAGACAAUUCCACCAGCUUAUUAUCACGAGAAAAAAACCAAGACUCUGAUAGAAGUCUUGCUCCUCCUCCUCCAUGCCUGUGCAUCGUCGCGCAGCAGCUCCGCAACGACGACGUCUUCAACACCUGGCUGACGGCCUUCAUGAAGCACUUUCGCGUGUGGAGGGUCCCCGGCGAGAGGAUGCCUGCCGAGUUGCGGCCUGAGGCGGGCUUUGCUGUGCAUGUUGGUGUCCUCAAGGAUUCUCUCUCUCUUGACACUCGGAUCCCAUGA